GCAAAAAACCACUGGAUGGCCUCACAUACUUAGAAAUGGCUGGGACAAACACUACUUUUCUGUUCUAAAACAUCUCACUGCAGAAGAUAAUUUGAACUUCAGAGUCACAUGAUGAAGCCAUAGGUUUGCUAAACAUGCAACGUGUAUGGUUUAAAUGACUUAAGCCCAGUUCCUGUUUCCUUUGCAGAACUGUGUGUUUUUGUAGUCAGCCAGCGCCUGGAGUUUUCACCGUUAUUUACAGCAGCUGAAGGAGUGAUUGUGAUACAUACACGCUGCUUUCUGCAUAAAUAUAAAGGGCUGUAUCCUCCAAACAAUAAUUGUAUUUCGUCCGACUUUACACAGAGAAAAUCUCAGCCAAUUGUAUCUGUGGAAUACUUUCUUGAAAAGUUCCAAACUUGGUUACACAGAAACAAGCAGGGUACAGCAGAAGGGAUGGCUUCUCACAACAUGACAUGGCUCAGCUACCCCAGCAAGAACUUUGCUUCCACCUCCCCGGAAGAAAUCGAAGCGUUCAUAGCAUCUCAGAACAUCAUUUCCAGACUCAUGCACUGCUACAUCGCCUUUUUUGUGCCCACAGGAUUGAUAGCUGGCAUAUGCAUUUUGAUCAUUUUCAUAAAGAAUUAUUUACAACGCAAAAGCACGGAACAAUUAGACUUACUGCUUCUGCACUUCACCAUCAGCAAUAUCAUAAUGAUUUUUUUGUCAUUUACGGUCAUUCCUAGACCUGACUACUUAAAAGCAACCCGCCUUGCAUGUAGCGUUCUGUCCUUUUUUUUCAAUUUCAGUUAUUUCAAUUCUCAGUAUGUUCUGAUUUUCAUAUUUCUCAUACUAUUACUCGAGAGAUUUCUGCCAAGGACUGCUCUCAGCAAAGCAACCCAAAAUCCUGUAUCGUGUGUAGCAUUCGUACUUAUAUACGCCUUCUGUUUGUCACUGACUGAAGCAGUACUGGUUGGCACAGAUAACUACCACAUGGAAACAGAGUGCCAGUCUGACCCAUUAUUUGCAUGGCCUGAGUACGAGAUCAUUAAAUUCACCUUUGGAUUUGGAAUCCCGGCAUUUCUUCAGAUACUCUCUUUUACUGUCCUUUUUGCUAAAAAAGCACCUGCUGAAGCUCAAGACUUAAGGCAGCACAUUCGUACUUACACCGCUGUGUUCAUUAUUAGCAUAACGAUAUUUAUAUGCCAUCUAUUUUAUAACAUUAUGAUUCUCUUCAGGACAACGUUAAAAUUACAGAAGAGCAUUGGAACUCCAAAGAAUGAGCUCAUGAUGAAUAUUGCAGAAAUAGUCUUGUUCUCUGAGAGCUGUGCUACUUUGGUAUUUAUACUUUGUUUUCAUAAACCAUGCAAGGACAGAAUACUUGAAGUCAUACACAACUGCCGAAGGAGAAAUACCACCCACAAUCACCCUGAAGUACCAGUAGUGUAUACAACCCCUGAGACAGCACCUCAGUAAUCCCUGCUGUUCUAAGAACUGUCAAUGUACUUUUUUUUCUUCUUCGUGAAGGACAACUGGUCCUUUAGACCCCAAACUUGGACUAUCUUACAGCUAGCAGAACCAGAGGAAUAAUAUUUUUAGCCUAGUAUUUGCAGUUAUCUCUGAGAAGGCAUGUAGGGAUAGGUGCUGGUUUUUUGUCCAUAUAAAUGUUUUUUAAUCUUCUCCGUUCUGCGAGUGUUACUUCAAAGGUGAACAGAAGGAAAAGUACUGCUACCAUACAAGCCUGCUUUUGUAAUAGCACUGAUGCCUUGAUAAAGAUGCAAACAAAAACAUAACCAAAGGCAACUUUGAACAAAGGUAAAAAUCUACAGCCAAAGCAUUUUCUCAGGUGUGCUUCCUCCUUGGACUGGGAUUUCUUGCCCUACAAACUACUCUUACUUUUUAACACCGGUUAGUUCCAGUAGCAACACCAGGGAAGUAUAGUUUGAGCCCAUUAUAAACCUGAAAUAGUUUGCGAUACUGUAAAUAUCGCUGCUUGCUUGGGUUAUAUACACAUGCAUACAGAAGAUCAAGCAUUCAUACCUUUUUUCCAUUUUCUUCUUCUACAUUUGUUGGAACCCUGAAGGUUUUUAUCUGUAUUAUUGUGCCAAAGAACAUGCUCAAAUUAAUGGAAAUGCUGGUCCAUAAAGAAGAGCUUCGGGUCUUUUCUGAGGCAUUGAACUGGAAAGAUCGACAGGAUGGCUAAUUAAAAUUUUGUGCAAGAAUGAAAGCUUUUUGUUAAAGUACGCUUAGCUUCAACUGUGCAUAAAGACUUUAAGCAAUUAUUGAUUUAAGCCAUUCUUGAUGAGUUCAUUCAGAAGUGUAAGGUCGCAUGCCUUGAGGAGCCACAUUCAAUAAUAUCCUAACUAAAAAAUGAGAAAAGCCAGGCCCAGAACAGUAGAACUGCUUUUAAAAAGGCAAACAAAAGCAGAACCCCAGAUCUAGACAGAAAUCGAGGCUCUGAUGAGACAAGAUAGGAACAUUAUACAUUUACAUAAGAAUUUACAGGUCAGUGGUGCAAAGUGGUGAAAAAAAAAUCCAAAUCCAAGAAUAAAACAGCUGCUGCAGUUUUGGAGUUCAGAUGUGGCCCUCCGGAAGCAGUCGCCAGUGCAGACUGAGACUUAGGUGCAAAGUUUUAAAUGCUGGCUUUGAGCACGCUGUUUGUGACCCAAAUUGGCCAGGAGCCAUCUGAGACAGUUGGCUUCGGUUUCAGCUUUUCCUUUCAUGGAGAAGGAGAGAACAGAAAUGACAGGGAAGGCACAAAAUUGUGCUAGAUCUUGGAUACAGAUGUAGACUUGGAUUGCAAGUCUUAUAAAAUAGCACAGCGAUGUGAUGAGCAAGACUCAAAUGACCUGAAGGUGUUUUUUGGUGAUUUUUUUUCCUAAAGAAAAAAACACUGAUGCUUAAAAUGCAUACCUUUGUAUAGCAUUCAAGAGGACAAGAAUAUAUUUGAUUAAGCAUGUCACCUGGAUGCUAAAGGAAAUGAGGGAUUUUAUAGCAAUUGUGUGUGCUUUGUAAAGCCUUCUUGAUGGGGUCCAGAUUUGUGUGCAGUUGGCACAAAUUGGCAUGGGCUGCCUGACACACACAGCAGUGGGCACUGGUCUACCAAGAGAAACACCUGCAGAACAGCCAGGUGGGUAAAUAGAAGACUAAAGGACAUUUACCCCAUAAUGAUAUGGUGUAUAUAUGGACCUAGUUUUAGAUAUUCAAGUCCUGAAAUUUAUGAACGGUGACUAUCAGACGAAAACAGAGGGCAAUAGUCUCACUAACUAUGAACAUAAGGAGCAAUGUUUCUGCAAGAUGUACAGAUCAACUGGUGAAAUGUCUGCACUGUGUUGUCAGUCUGUUUUCCUGUUCAAUUUUGUUCUGCUGCCAGCACGAACAGAUGGAUUGCUAAGGAACACUCCGCAUUAGACCAUUAUUAGAACCUGGUCGGAAAGGAAAUGCGCAGAUAAGAACCAUCUCUUCAAGAGUCAACUUCAUAGCUGUGCAAGGACUUCUCAGCUGGCAUCAGGUUUCACUUCACACCUGAGGAGAGGGAGAUGAAACAACAUGGACCAAACACCAGCCCUGCAGGAGGAAGUCUGAAGAGAGGAGUUGUAAGAGCAGCAUGUCAGCAAAGAAGGCCCACAGACUGAGUGACAGAGCAUGCUGAAAGAUACAAGCUGUUUACCCCAAUACAGACAGAGAAUGUUAGUUUCAUGGCUAAGCAGGCUAUUUUCUAGCAUGUGAAUUAUGUACAAUGGAAUCUACUUUAUUCACUGCUUCCACAUAUUUUAUAUUUGAGGAUGAAAGAAUAAAGAUUGUAUUAUUUACGA